AAUAUUAAAGAAAAAUAAACAUUAAAAGCGCGCGAAUUGUAGAAAAGUAUUUUGUAAUAAUUUAGUAAAUUGUUAAAUAUAGAAAAAUAUUAGUUGAAAAUAGGUUUAAUCAGUGUUUAAGUAUUCUGUUAUUUCGCAAAUCAAAACAAAACAAAUCUGCGAGAAGUUGGCCGUGUGACAGCAACACCAACACUACCAGUGAGCAAUACGUACGUAUUUAUACACAUGUAGGUCAAUGAAAAAAAUGGCUUAGCAGCUCGUAUGUGCCGUGGCAAGAAAUAAUUUUUAAUUUAAAUGGCCUUCAGUGAUUUAUGUCACAUAAGUAAUGCGUAUAAAGCUGUCGAAAAUGAAACAGAUCAGUCAGAACGCAUUAUGGAAGAAAACUCAAUGGUCCGAGAUCUCAUCACAAAGAUCCUUGAUGAGACCGGACCCUCAGAAGGGAGCAGCUCUAUACAACCACAGGAAAAAAUGCUAAGUACAACAACAAGCGCACAAUAUUCUAAAAAUGAUCCUACAACAUCUUUUAUACCACCCUCAUUUAACUUCCAAGAUCCAUUUAAUUUCGCUCAAAAUGCCCAGACUGAACAACAUGGCUUCAACUACAACACACAAAAUGGGUUUGGAAAUGGUUAUGCUAACUACCCGGAAGAACAGCUUCUCAUGGGCCCUGUGGGGGAGCCAGAAGUGUCACAAGAACAGCUGAAUUUACUAAGGUUAGCAGCUCAAGAAAUUGGCGGUGCACAGUUUUCCAGCCCUAACAAAUAUGAUGAUAAAUACUAUAAUUUCUUUGAACCGAACCAAAGGAAUUCCCUGCCAGAAACAAAUAUGUACAGUAACAACUUUAGACCAAACAGUCUGAAUUUAGAUAAUAAUUUGACAAACAUGGACUAUGCUCAAAGGUACCCCAAUAAAUUUGACAAUUAUGCCAAAGAGCAGAACCAAGAGCCUGCAGACCUACUAGCUUAUUUAAACCAGCUGAACAUAAACGUCACGUUAGACCGCUUGCCAGACAUACCAAUGGACUUUAAAGGACAAAUGGAAAAUGGGCACUACCAUAAUGAGGAAUUCAAUAAAAUGCAAGAUGAAAGAAAUAAGAUGUUGUUCAAUAGAAACUUCCAGCAACCACCGAAAUUUAAUGGCGAAAACAAUUUCUACUUGAACGAAAUGAUGAAGCAGAUGGGAGACCGCCCACCACAGAAUUUUGAUUUUCAGAACACACCACCAAAUUAUAAGCCUAAUGGGUUUCAUCAAAACGAUUUUAUGCAGAGGCAGAACCAGAUGAUGCCUAGAGAGAAUUUUCAGGGCAAUAUGGAUCAGAGGGGAAAUUUUGAAGGCCAGAACAAUGCACAGCAGGCCAUGAUGAGGCAGCAGGAGCUGGCCCGGCAGAUGAAUAUACUCAUGAGGAACCGGCCGCCUCCUAACCAAUUAAAUGUAGACGUGUCUUUCUUGCACGAAAACACACCUUUUAAUCUUGGAUUAGGAGCGUUGCUGGGGCCUAGUCCUCCUGUACCACCGCCAGUGUUGCCAUCACCAAUGAUGGAUUUACCUCUUCUUGCGCCAUUCUACGCUAUGAGAAACAUCAGAGGCUGUGCGACAUCGUCAGGCAUCCUGCACGCGCGGCUGGACGCGUGCUACGAGCAGUGGCGGCAGCUAGAGCGUGAGCGCAAGCGCACGGAGGCGCGCCUGGCGCUGGCCUACCCCGGCCGCGCCGUCUCCUCCUCCAACUCCAUCCCCGUGCCGCGCCUGCCGCCCUGCCCCACCAGGGUCGACCGGCUCACGGUGGACAUGCUGAGGGAGCACACUAAGGUACUGACCCUAAUGGGUAAGAUGGAGACGCUGCGGGCGAGCGUGUGCGUGGCGCAGCACAAGAAAGCCAAGGAGGACGCCAAGAUCACGGUGCUGAAGCGCGGCCAGGACCAGCCCGAGCACACCCAGCAUGUGGACCCCAACUCCUUUCAGCCCGCCUCGUGGAAGGAGGAUGUCAACAAUCUCUCGGAAAUCGCGCCGCACAGCGAGGUGGAGAGCGCCAUGCUGGCGUGGCGCAGCGCCGUGGCCGCCGUGCAGGCCGCGCGCCGCCGCGAGCUCGCGCAGCCGCGCUACGUGCGCACCGACCCCAUCCUGCAACUGGCUGAGGCGGUAAAGCAGCUGGGCUGUAGUGCGCGGCGUGCGCGCUGUGCCAUGUGGUGCGACCUCACGCUCACCGUCGCACUCGCCCCGGGGCCCGCCUCCCCCCCGCACACUCCGGCCAGCACCGCCAAGGUAAGCAGCUGGGCUGUACGCUGCGACAUGUGGUGCGACCUCACGCUCACCGUCGCACUCGCCCCGGGGCCCGCCUCCCCCCCGCACACUCCGGCCAGCACCGCCAAGGUAAGCAGCUGGGCUGUACGCUGCGCCAUGUGGUGCGACCUCACGCUGCUCACCGUCGCACUCGCCCCGGGGCCCGCCUCCCCCCCGCACACUCCGGCCAGCACCGCCAAGGUAAGCAGCUGGGCUGUACGCUGCGACAUGUGGUGCGACCUCACGCUGCUCACCGUCGCACUCGCCCCGGGGCCCGCCUCCCCCCCGCACACUCCGGCCAGCACCGCCAAGGUAAGCAGCUGGGCUGUACGCUGCGACAUGUGGUGCGACCUCACGCUGCUCACUGUCGCACUCGCCCCGGGGCCCGCCUCCCCCCCGCACACGUCGGCCAGCACCGCCAAGGUAAGCAGCUGGGCUGUACGCUGCGACAUGUGGUGCGACCUCACGCUGCUCACCGUCGCACUCGCCCCGGGGCCCGCCUCCCCCCCGCACACUCCGGCCAGCACCGCCAAGGUAAGCAGCUGGGCUGUACGCUGCGCCAUGUGGUGCGACCUCACGCUCACCGUCGCACUCGCCCCGAGCGAGAAGCAGCCGCAGCCUCAGCCGCCGUCGCCGAGGGCGCCCCCUGAGGCCGCGAAAGCCCCAGCACAGAACAACUCCAAACCGGCUGCCUCGGACGUUAAAGACGAGAAAACCAAGGAUGCUUCAACAGUGAAGACGGACACAAAGCCCGAAACGAACAACAAAACGAGCGCAACCAACAAGCAACCGGAGAAAGACAAGAACCAGCGCAAAACGCAGAACUACAGGCACAAGCUCAACCAGGGGCGCAACGACUUCUACCAGAAAAACCAGAGGUACGACACCCGGUUCAUGCCGAACCGACACCCCUACUACUUGGCCACGGGCCCUAUCAACUAGGCAAACAUAUAUCAAGAGUAUAUGAUCGAAAUAGUACA